AUGAGGGAACCUGGGAGGAGUACCAGAGCGAAGACUCAGAUCUUGCCCAGCUUCUGCAGUGGAAAACACUCGGACCCCUUAAGCCUGAGGAAAGGCAGCAACCGGCAGCACCACAACUAUCAAUUGGACACAAAGCUGAUGAGCUGCCCCCCCCCACACUUUGGCUCCCAAGGCUGGCGCAACCAGAGCUCCCCCGCAACGAAGCACCCCAGCCAGUAA